AUGGCGGUACGGCCUCAGAACAUGCAUGACGGUGGUAUUGUGGAGCGUAGAUUACGUCCGAUUUAUGACUGGUUGGAUAAUGGAAACAAUAAAAAGGCACUUCAAGAAGCGGAAAAAGUCCUUAAGAAAAGUCCUAGUCUACAAGCGGCUCGGGCGCUGAAAGCUUUAGCUUUAUUUAGGUUAGGUAAAGGAGCGGAAGCCCAAUCGGUUCUGGAAGCCCUAGCCCAAGAAAAGCCCUGUGAUGAUACCACGCUGCAAGCAAUGACUAUUUCCUAUCGGGAAUCUCAGCAAUUUCACAAAGUUUGUGCCUUAUAUGAAGCUGCAGUUAAAGUGGAACCUACAAGUGAGGAGUUAUAUUCUCAUUUGUUUAUGUCUUAUGUGAGAGUGGGAGACUUUAGAUCCCAACAGAGGGUAGCCAUGGCCUUAUAUAAAUUUGCACCCAAAAAUCCAUACUACUUCUGGGCCGUCAUGAGUAUUGUUUUACAGGCGAAAACUACUGACGAUCCCACAAAAAAGGGUAUCCUUCUGACUCUAGCCCAAAGAAUGGUUGACAAUUUUAUAUCUGAGAACAAAAUGGAAGCCGAACAAGAAGCACGCUUGUAUGUCAUGAUACUUGAACUACAAGAAAAGUGGACUGAUAUCCUUAGAUUUAUUGAAGGGCCGUUGUACUCUCAGCUUGUACCCGGAUCAACUGCGCAAGCUAGCAUACCAUAUCUAAAGAAACUCGGUGACUGGAGACGGUUAAACUUAGUAUGCAAAGAGCUACUCUUUGAUAAUCAAGAUCGUUGGGAUUAUUACCUGCCUUAUUUAGACUCAGUCUUCAAAUUGAUGGAUAAUACUGAUUCUGACAAUGACAGCUCUGUGGACGACACAGCUGAGAAAUGUCACGAGUUUAUUUGUCAACUAGUUGAGAGUAUGUCAUCUGGCAGGACACUUAGAGGGCCGUAUUUAGCAAGAUUAGAACUAUGGAAGCGGUUAUCGGUACAUGGGGAUCCAACUUCCCUACUCGGCAGUGGUGUAGCACUAUGUAUUCAAUAUUUAAGGGUAUUUGCUAACAAACCCUGUGCUGUACCCGAUCUUAAACCAUAUUUGGCGAUCAUACCACAGAAAGAGAGGGAAGAACAUUGCAGAGACUUUUUGACGUGUCUAGGCUUUGAUGAGAACAGUGAACCUGAGUCACCAGAUGAUAUACAACGUCACAUAUCCUGUCUCUGCGCGUGGCAAUUGACGUCCCCGGUACGCACCGGCGAAGAAUAUCUCAUGAUAGCUUCGUUACUACGCUACCAGUACUUGAGAUGUGUGAACAAAAAACUUAUAACCGCUACAUUGACUGAAUUCUGUGCUGCCGAUGGCUAUGGAACAUUGGCUGCACAUUUCUAUUUCUAUGCUGCCGUCCAGCAACAGAGUGCGACUCCCAUAUUAGAAGCCCUCAGUUUAUUGGAACUGGUCUUACAUAACUCUCCAUCCAAUUUCCAUGCUAAAUUACUUCUAAUCACCCUGUAUCACGUUUUAGGUAACGGCCCGGCGGCUGAUUCUGUAUACCGUCGCCUAGAAGCCAAGCACGUCCAGCUGUUGUCGCUGGGCUGGAUCCACGCUGCACGCCUCGCCCCCGGCCUCGCACACACCAGGGCUCUCCGUCUGUUGGCUGACACUCACGCAUUCCAUAAACACCAUGGAAAAGACUGCAUGGAACACUUGACGUACGCGUAUAAGUAUGGAACGUUCGAGAAGUUGCUAGAGUUACGUGAGUGGGGCGCUCGUCUGGAGGCCUGUGCGUGGUGUUCCCUCGCCGGGCGCGAGAGGGCGCUGCUGCCUCUACUGGCUGGACCCACCGCGCCCAUGCAUGCACCGCAUCCCCUACCAGAUCCACUCACCGACAAUCGAGAUCUCAACGCCAUAGUCAGCUGGGAACAGCCGCAGUACAUUGACCCCGGAAUGAAAGAGAGGAGCUUCGAACACGACGUCGCUUACUUGAGACUCAAAGACGGGAUAGUGUCUUGUAUAGCGCUGUGUAUCGAGUGUGCUGACAAUAGAAGUCUUGAAGAAAAGAAAGUUCAACUCGAUGAAAUGCAAACCUGUAUAGAGGCAUUCAGUAGCGCUAUGGAGAAAUGUAAAGAGAAGUACAGCGGGAAACAGAGACUGUGUUUGACUACACCCUUCCCAUCGAGAAUUAUAGCGUUCGUGAACUCACCAGUACCUUACCGGGAGUUGUAUGUGUUGAUGGUGAGUGUGGUCCGUGCGGUGUGUGCGGGUGACGGGCCCGCGAGUCGUGAUAGAGGCGCUUCCCUCCGUCCAUUGCUGGCUGAUUCAAGGGAACACCUCGCGGCCGCCGUGCACACCGAUCUGUGGGCCCAGAGAGAGACCUUGGAGUUCUUCUCUAACUAUCUGGAGUUCAUCGGUGUGAUAACCUUCCUCCUUGGCGUCUGUCACGAGGUGACGGCUCAGAACAACACAAAGAAAUCAAAGAGAAAAACAAAUCAGUCGCCGGAUCAGAUACUAACGACCCAGAUGUUGAGCGUCCUCAACGAUGACGUUCAAGAGAUAGUCGCCUUCCUUGAAGAAAUAUUCGAGAACUGGCCCAACUUCGACUACAACAAUUCACUAGAAGAACAGAUGACCGAACUAGAUAUAAACAAUAAAUACCAAUGUCCCGUCAAACAGAAGUUAAAGGAAGGCAUACAAGAAAUAGUUACAGAAGUUAAAACAAUGCUGAAGAAGAAAUCUAAAUAUUUAAAAUCCCUACAAUAA